UACAGUCACAAAUACAUGUGAAUAAUUAUGUACAUACAUCGCUAAAAUAUCAUAAAUUAUUAUUAUAUUUGCACAAAAUCUAAUAUAUUCAGAAAAGCUAAUAAUAUAUGAUAUUUUUAGAUCUUAAAUGUAUAUCUACUCUAGUCAGUGUAUUACAUGCAUAAAAGUCGAUAUAUUUACAUAAAAGUUAAUAUAUACCGAAAAUAAUAUAUUUAUGAUAUUUUUAGACAAUACCUUGAAUAUAUAUCUUGGAACAUUUAAAAUUUCAUAGAUAAACACCAAGCAAUAUAACAAUGAUAUAUAGGAAAAAGAAUCUAAAAAAAGAAUACUUAUUUCUUAGUUAACAAUUCAUAAAUUAAUGAAAUAUUAAAUGCUAUCAAAUUUUAGAGAAAAAUAAUGAAGAAAAAUGCAAAAGAGUAUAAUGAUGAAUUGACCAAAAAAAAGAGUAUAAUGAUGAAAGGUCCUAACUCAUGCAGAAACCCCCAGCGUGCCCACUCUCCCAUCUCCAUAUAUACUCCCUCUAUCCUUUCCUCUCUAUCAUCAUCAUGGCCUUCUCCUUCUCCUUCACCGCCCUCGCCCUCCUCAUCUCCUCCCUCGCAGCCGCUUUCCUCCUCCUCUUUCGCCGCACCCGUUACCGUCGGAUGGGACUUCCUCCAGGAAGUCUCGGCUUUCCUCUCAUAGGCGAGACUCUGCAGCUGAUCAAAGCUUACAAGACAGAGGAUCCUGAGCCUUUCAUCGACGAGAGAGUGGCCCGGUACGGUUCGGUUUUCACGACGCAUCUAUUCGGCGAACCGACGGUUUUCUCUGCUGAUGCGGAAACGAACCGGUUCGUUCUCCAGAACGAGGGGAAGCUCUUCGAGUGCGCUUAUCCAGCUUCUAUAAGUAAUCUCAUGGGGAAACACUCUUUGAUUCGUAUGGAAGGUUCUUUGCAUAAACGUAUGCACUCUUUUACCAUGAGCUUCGCUAAUGCUUCAGCCAUGAAAGACCAUCUCAUGGUUGAUAUUGACCGGUUAGUCCGGUUUAAUCUCGGUUCUUGGUCCUCUCGUGUUCUCCUCAUGGAAGAAUCCAAAAAGAUGACGUUUGACGUAGCAGUGAAGCAGCUCACGAGCUUUGAUCCAGGGGAGUGGAGUGAGAAUUUAAGGAAAGAGUAUCAUCUUGUUAUCGAAGGGUUCUUCUCUCUUUCUCACCCUCUCUUCUCCACCACUUACCGCAAAGCCAUCAAAGCGCGGAGGAAGGUGGCGGAGGCGUUGACGGCGGUGAUUAUGGAGAGGAGGGAGGAGGAGAAGGAAGGAGCGGAGAGAAAAACAGAUAUGCUCGCGGCGUUGAUAGCGGCGGAUGAUGGCUUUUCCGAUGAAGAGAUUGUUGAUUUCUUUGUGGCUAUACUCGUCGAUGCUUAUGAAACAACGCCUACUAUCAUGACUCUCGCCGUUAAGUUUCUUACCGAAACUCCUCUAGCUCUUGCUCAACUCAAGGAAGAGCAUGAAAAGAUUAGGGCAAUGAAGAGCGAUUCUGAGAGUCUUGAAUGGAGUGAUUACAAGUCAAUGACAUUCACACAAUGUGUGGUUAACGAGACUCUGAGAGUAGCUAACGUCAUCGGCGGUGUUUUCAGGCGGGCAAUGACGGAUGUUGAGAUCAAUGGUUAUAAGAUUCCAAAAGGGUGGAAGGUGUUCUUAUCGUUUAGAGGAGUUCAUUUAGAUCCAAACAACUUCAACGACGCUCGCACUUUCAACCCUUGGAGAUGGCAGAGCAACUCGGUAACAACAAGCCCUUCUAAAGUGUUCACACCGUUUGGUGGAGGACCAAGGAUAUGUCCUGGUUACGAGCUAGCUAGGGUUGCAAUCUCUGUUUUCCUUCACCACCUAGUGACAAGCUUCAGUUGGGUUCAUGAAGAGAAAGACAAGAUGGUUUUCUUUCCAACUACAAGAACACAGAAACGGUACCCGAUCACCGUGAAGCGACGUGGUGGUGGCUUAUCAUCUACUUAAUGAAAAAGAAGAAGAGAUCAGAAGAUUUUAUUUAACUUUCUUUCUUUUAUGCUCAUAAAUAGAUCUAGAGCUGAAAAAUAAAAGUAACCGUUACUUUACAAAGACUUUUGUUUACCUUAAUGUUUGCAUUAAUCUCUUCUGCUUCACAUCCCUCCAUCUUUCUUUUUGCUCAUUAUGGGUACUAAUAUUAAACUAUUUAUUUAAAUUUUAAA